AUGACAGCAACACAUGUACGCAGGAUAAAUUUGAUCUUUCCCUUCGAUGUUCCUGGUGUAGCUAACAAAGUAGCCCUGUCGGUUACAACGCACAUAAAGGGCGAGAUCGUAAGUUUUGCGCUUCCUUUUCGUCUUUUGUUUCUCACCAAACCACCAAACAAUUCACAUCCGUAUUCCAUAAAGGUAAAGAAAAACGGCGAUAUGUUCGUAUACGUCCUCAAAUUCGAAUCGAUUGAUUUGAAAAGAUUUCUAGAGAAGUGGGAGUUGCAUGUUUUGAAGGAAGUAGCUGAGGAAUAUGAGGAAAUUAUGAAGGAGAUGGAUGAAAAGAUGGAGGAGUAUGAGCAAAGAGAAAAGACAGGCAAAAAAAGAAAGAUUGUGGAUGACGAUGGAUGGGUGCGGUAUGAAUAAAGUGUGCGUUUCAGAAA